UUUCCAAUUUCUCUUUCAAAACUAAUUGCUUUUUCAACGAAAGUGCUAUAAAAGGAACUGCAUAUAAAUCACCUCAUUGUACACAUUUUUCGUUUCCUAUUGACGGGAGAAAAUCGUUCCAUAUUGUCCAAAGAUUUUUUCUCGUUAAAUUGCGUUCAAUGACGUCGCUGUCAACAGCUAGGGACCGAUACAACGCCGCAAAUUCCUUACUAUGUCUUCUUCAAGCGCUGGAAGGGCGAGUAGCAGUGGUUGAAUUGAGAAAUGAAAUGGCUGUCAAGGGUCUCAUCUCUCAAGUUGAUGGAUUCAUGAAUGUGUCCCUACAAAAUGCAACAGUCCAGGGGAAUGAUGAUCAGCACUACCAUUUUGAAGAGUUCUUUGUCAAGGCACGCAACAUAAGAUAUGUCCAAAUCCCAGAAGAUAUUGAUAUCACAGAGGCCAUAAAGAAUCAACUUGAAGGAAAGCCAAAGUCUCACAAGACAGAUAUGAGUUCCACGACAAAGGCCAAAUUGGCCAGAAAGAGACAAAAGGAAACACUCAAAUUCAUUCAACAGCAGCAACAGGCUGAAAAGAAUGAAAUUGAGCCUCAGCCUCCUGGGACUUCACAAGAGACGGACGAAUGAUUGGAAUAUUAAGAAGAAUAGAUGGCUUGCCUCAGUCACCCUACUUUUCUGGGACGAUUUUAGCAUUGCAAAUGUUCGGCAAGCGAUCUUGUAACCCGACCAAGGCAACGCUCAACUGAUGCAGGUAGCGCGGCAUUUCAUGAAGUGAUGCUCUUGUUCUACUUUGAAUUUGCAAGGAUUCCUGAAGACGUUGUGUGGCUUUUUGUAGGGGUUGUUCAACAAUAUUCACUAUGUCAUUCCUCACAGCUAUAUUGCUGUCACCUAUUAAUGAAAUAAAAAUAAUUGUAUUUGAAGAAGGCAAAA